AUGUCCAUCAUCGCUACGGCAAUCCCUAAAAUCACGAGUGACUUUCACUCUACUACGGGUGUUGGUUGGUAUGGAAGUGCAUAUCUAUUAACAAGCUGUACUCUCCAGCCUAUAACCGGCAAGUUGUAUGCUCGAUUCAAUGUCAAGUAUACAUACAUAGCCUUCAUCGUCCUUUUCGAGCUUGGCUCGUUAGUUUGUGGCGUUUCAACCUCUUCCAAUAUGUUUAUAGUAGGGAGGGCAAUUGCUGGGAUGGGGAGUUCUGGCAUUCAAAACGGUGCAAUGACAAUAUUGUCUGCUUCUAUACCUCUCGAAAAGAGAGCUCGCUUCUACAUCAAUCUUCCCAUCGGUGGGCUGGCAGUGCUUGCUCUUCUUUUCAUAUCAAUUCCCGAGCACAGCCUUAGCAGACCUGAGCAGCAACCGGAAACGAAGUUCGCCUCUCUCUUUUCUGAUCUCGACAUCAUAGGUUUUCUCCUCCUUGGUCCGACCCUCGUCAUGUUUCUUCUCGCUCUUGAAUGGGGCGGAACAACAUAUCCUUGGAAUGAUACGAUGGUGAUCAGUCUCUUCUGCGGAUCGGCCGGCAAUCUGGCAUUAUUCUUUGGAUGGGAAUAUAACAAGGGGGACGCAGCGAUAUUUCCCUGGAAAAUCAUUAAGCAGCGCGUUAUCUCUUCUUCUUCGUUAACUAUGUUCUUCCUCUAUGCGAAUAGCUUGAUUAGUUCUUACUACCUGGCUAUUUACUUCCAGGGAGUGCGAGGCGAAUUCCCGAUGUUUAGUGGCGUGUAUACGCUACCAGGUGUCAUCGCUCAAAUGGCCUCAGGUCUUACAUCUGGCUUGGCAGGUAUGUACAGACGUCCUGUUCUACCUCAUGAUUGGGUAACUAAUGCGUACAAAGUCACCCGGCUUGGUUAUUACCUGCCCUCGGCAGUUACGGGCACAGUUUUAUCAGCAAUCGGAUCCGGGCUGAUGAGCCUAUUCACGCCACAUACAAGCACUGCUACGUGGAUUGGGUAUCAAAUAAUCGCGGGUGUGGGACGCGGUUGUGCUGUCCAAAUGCCCCUUAUAGCAGUCCAAAACAAUAUUCCUCCAUCCAAAAUUGCGACCUUCGGUGGAGCGCUAUGGCUUUCAUUUACCAGCACAGUCUUCAAUACCGGUCUUGCAAACCUUCUCCCCAUCUAUGCACCAGACGUUCCUGUUGCGGAAGUUACGUCGGCUGGUGUAUCCAGAAUGAGAUCUGUGAUCCCGCAUUCUAGUUUAGAAGGCGUGGUUCUAGCGUAUAACGAUGCUGUUCAGCAUGUUUUCUACAUGGUCGCUGGGACUGCGACGGCGGCUUUUAUAUUUAGUUGGGGGCUAGGAUGGAAGAGCGUUAAAAAGGGGAGAGCCUAG